CUAGGGGGAGAUAUCUUUGGAAAGAGAACAAAAAUCGUAAGAAUGGUGGUGGAGGAGGAGGAGAACAGAGGCAUGGAGGAAGGGCUUCUUCUUCCUCACCAGAACGACAGAGAUGAUCGUCAUGUCACAGCUUGUGUGAUCCUCAGCACUUUUGUCGCUGUUUGUAGUUCCUUCAGCUAUGGAUGUGCUGCUGGUUAUACUUCAGGCGCUGAGACUGCUAUCAUGAAGGAGUUAGACCUUUCUAUGGCACAGUUUGCAGCGUUUGGUUCCUUCAUCAACGUGGGAGGUGCGGUCGGCGCCUUGUUCAGCGGUCAAUUGGCAGUCAUCCUCGGCAGAAGACGAACGUUGUGGACCUGCGAUUUUUUUUGCAUUUUUGGCUGGCUCGCCAUUGCCUUCGCAAAGAAUGUCUUCUGGCUGGACUUGGGAAGAAUUUCCUUGGGCAUUGGAGUGGGCUUGAUUAGCUACGUGGUCCCUGUAUAUAUUGCGGAAAUCACUCCAAAACAUGUUCGUGGUGCAUUCACUGCUUCAAAUCAGCUUCUUCAAAACAGUGGAGUUUCCCUGAUUUAUUUCUUUGGGACUGUAAUUAAUUGGCGGGUAAUGGCUGUUAUAGGUGCUCUUCCAUGUGUCCUUCAAGUGAUCGGAAUAUACUAUAUACCGGAAUCUCCGAGAUGGCUGGCUAAAGUCGGUUCAAGCAAAGAAGUAGAAAGUUCUUUGCAUCGACUUAGAGGGAAAGACUUUGAUGUUUCAGGUGAAUCCGCUGAAAUUCAGGUUAUGACAAAAAUGCUUGAAGAAGAUUCGAAGUCCAGUUUCUGUGACAUGUUUCAGAAGAAGUAUAGACGAACUCUUGUGGUUGGAAUUGGUCUAAUGUUGAUACAACAAUUAUGUGGAGCUAGCGGCAUCACAUAUUAUUCAAAUGCCAUAUUUAGAAGAUCUGGCUUUCCUGAGAGACUUGGAUCAAUGAUAUUUGGUGUGUUCGUGAUCCCAAAGUCUUUGGUUGGUCUGAUUUUUGUGGAUAGAUGGGGAAGACGACCACUCCUAUUGGCUUCUUCUGUUGGAAUGUCCAUCGGGUCCUUGCUUAUUGGAGUUAGCUUCACGUUACAGCAAAUGAAUGUACUUCCUGAAUUGACUGGAGUUUUCGUCUUCGUAAACAUUUUGGUCUACUUCGGAUUUAGUGCAAUCGGUAUAGGAGGGUUGCCUUGGGUCAUUAUGUCUGAGAUCUUUCCGAUAAACAUAAAAGUUUCAGCAGGGACGAUCGUGGCGUUAACUUCAUGGACUAGUGGGUGGUUCGUGAGUUACGCUUUCAACUUCAUGUUCGAAUGGAGCGCAGCAGGAACGUUUUAUAUAUUUGCGGCUGUGGGAGGAAUGUCAUUGAUAUUUAUUUGGAUGGUCGUACCGGAAACGAAAGGAAAAUCAUUGGAAGAGUUACAAGCUUCUCUUACCGGGACAAACUAAAUACACAUUUACGUUGUAAUAUAUUGUUUAUGAAAAAAAUAUAAAAUUUAUUUGCAUAUUCUUGAUAGUGUUAUAUAUUUAAUAUAUACUAUUUAUACCUUUUUUUUCCGUUGCCAAAACAAUGGCUUAUCCUAGUAUUAAGACAACAAAUGAAUGUCUCACACUAGGAUAUAUGCCCAUUUGUAAAUUGUUCUCUCUCGGAAAUAUAUAAUCACUCUACUCUUUUA